AUGCCCUAUAAGAGUAUGAUCUUAGGUCAACUCAAUGAGGUAGAUGAGCUUGCAAGAACUCUGGCGGCAUGCAACACGGUGUGUAAAUAUCGCAGUGGGUCGGAUCGUAAACUCAUUGGCACCAAUGUCGACUGGUGUGGCAUUUCAGGGUCGCUUUUAGAAGGCUCCUUGCCACUCUGUCUACCUUCAAGCAAAGUCGCACUUGUAAUCGGUGCCGGUGGUGCAGCGCGAGCCGCGAUCUAUGCACUGUCGGCACAGAUCGGCUGCCGUGAGAUCUAUAUCUUGAAUCGGGACGAGCAAGAAGUGCUAGACCUCAUGCGAGAUGUCGACGAGCACUACGACUCCCAGCCUCGUAUCACUCAUGUCAAAUCAAUACAACAUGCUCGAACACUAAGGACACCAGUCUACAUCGUCGGCACUGUGCCGGACUUCGAACCAGUCACAGCAGAGGAGAAAAUGCUGAAAAGCCUGCUCACGAUAUUUCUUGACCGACCAGAGAAGGGAGUUAUGCUUGACAUGUGUUACAAACCGCGACGGACAAGACAUCUCAUCCUGGGCGAAGCAUACAAGUGGCGGACAAUCGAAGGCACCCACGUCAUCGGCCAUCAGGCUGAGCUUCAAUGGAGAGCCUGGGUUGGUGAUGAGGGACUUCAGAUACUCGACAAACAAGGGAUGUGGGAAUGCUUGCAGCGCACUGCUGAUGAAAGCGCGAUUGUAAAUCCAAGGCGCAAGUGA